AUGGGGUUUCCGCGCGGCAACGAUGCCAUUGUGCAGCAGCUGCAGGAGGAUCGUCUCGCUAAGCUGUGCGACGAUAACGCCUUUGUCAACGUCGCUGAGGUGUUGCGGCGUCAGCGACGUGACGGGGCACCAGGAGGCGUUGCAGACGUGGAUAUGGACUUUCUAGAGCCCAGCGCGUCACCUACCGCGGUGCCACCUCGCAUUCAUCUUAGUCGCUUCCUGCUGGAGCAGCACCGCGCAUAUCUCAAGGCGCUGGAGGAGGAACAACGAGAGGAAAAGAAAGAGGGUGGUGCAUCUGCUCCCGCAUCUUCCUCAGCAUCUGUUGUAUCAUCUGUUGGUGAUGUGUUGGAAGCUGCUUCGGAGCGCGGCAAGCGGUUACGUGGCAUUGAUCACCGUUGUGGUGAAGGGAUGAAGCGGACUCGGAAGGAGCCGCACGGUGAGGACGAAUACGACGACUGCAGCAGCAGCGGUGGUGGUGUAGAAAAGGGUGCGGUUGUCGCCGGACAUCUAGGACGGGAGUACCGGAGUCUCCGCGCAUGGCUUCAAUCGCGGCGACUUGACCUAACUGAUACACCGGCGGUAGCGCCAGGUUUCAUGGCGAUGACCGCCCCACCACCAGCCCACACGGGUGGGUAUCAUUUGUGCUCUGUGUGCCUGCUCCCUGCAAACUACAAGUGCGUGCGGUGCCGUAGGGCACUCUUCUGCUCCAUUGAGUGUCAUGUGGUGCAUGAGGCGACACGGUGUAUGAAGUUUAUUGUGUAA